AUGGAAGAGUUAGCGGAAGCCUACGCUAAUGAAAUCAUUCGAUUGCACGGUGUUCCGAAGGAUAUAGUAUCUGACCGUGACCCUAGAUUCUUGUCUCAUUUAUGGGUUGCUCUGCAAGAAGCAUUUGGUACUAAGUUGAAGUUGAGUACCGCUUUCCAUGCUACGGAUGGGCAAACAAAGAGGACUAUUCAGACUCUGGAGGAUAUGCUCCGUGCUUGUGCUUUGGAAUUUCAAGAGUCUUGGUUGAAGUCAUUGAACUUGGUGGAGUUCUCUUACAACAACAACUUGAUCCAAGAUACUGUUGAGCAAGUAAAGGUGAUUCAGGCUAGAAUGAAGGCUGCUCAAGAUAGGCAGAGGUCUUAUGCAGACUUGUGUCGCAAGCCUAUUUCUUUCACCGUUGGGGAUAAGGUGCUGUUGAAGGUGUCUCCGAUGAAAUUGGCUAUGCCCCCUGAGUUGUCGAGGGUGCACGAUGUGUUCCACGUGUCGCAGUUGUGGAGAUAUCGCAGCGAUCCGUCUCAUGUCAUUCCUAUAGAGUCGGUCUCUAUUGAGCCGAACAUGACUUUUGAGGAGCGACCUGUUCAGAUCUUGGACCGUCAAAAUCGUGCCCUGAGAAGGAAGGUGAUACCCUUGGUUAAGGUGCUUUGGAGAAGCCAAAAGUACGAGGAAGCCACUUGGGAGACGGAAGAGUCGAUGAGGCUCAAGUAUCCCGAGCUUUUUGUCUCAGGUUUCAAGGCAGAGCUCAGGUUCGAGAUUCGAGUCCAGGCAUUGUUGCACAAGUCUCCUAGUUUAGAACCUACUCUUGGGGAUUGUAGUAUUGAUUUACGAGUGUAA